ACCCUGCUCCCGGGCAUGAAGCUCGGGGUUGACGUCAAGAACGGCAUCACCAGGAACAUCACGUCGUGGCGAAGCUCGUCUGACCCCUCGCCGGGCUCCUACACGUUCAAGCUCGUCCUCGGAGGGCUGCCGGAGUUCGUCCUCUUCCACGGCCCGACGAGCAUCUACGCGAGCGGGCCGUGGAACGGCGCGGAGCUCACCGGUGUGCCGGACCUCAGGUCCCAGGAUUUCACCUUCACGGUGGUGUCGAGUCCUGACGAGACGUACUACAGCUACUCCAUCCGCGACCCGAAGCUGCUCUCUCGGUUCACCGUGGACGCAACGGCGGGGCAAGUGCAGCGCUUCGUGUGGAUCAGCGGCUCGUGGAGCAGCUUCUGGUACUACCCGACCGACCCGUGCGACGGCUACGCCAAGUGCGGUGUGUUCGGCUACUGCGACACCAGCACGUCCACGCUGUGCAGCUGCCUGCCGGGGUUCCAGCCGCGGUCGCCGCAGCAGUGGAGCCUCCGGGACGCGUCCGGCGGGUGCGUCCUGACGACCAACCUUACCUGCGGGGGCGCCGCCGGCGACGGGUUCUGGCCGGUGAACAGGAUGAAGCUGCCGGUGGCGACGAACGCGACGGUGUACGCCGGCAUGACGCUGGACCAGUGCAGGCAGGCGUGCCUGCGCAACUGCAGCUGCAGGGCGUACGCCGCGGCGAACGUGAGCGGCGGAAUCAGCCGCGGGUGCGUCAUCUGGGCCGUCGAUCUGCUGGACAUGAGGCAGUACUCCGGCGUGGUGCAGGAUGUCUACAUCCGUCUCGCACAGUCCGAGAUAGACGCCUUGAAUGCCGCAGCUAACAGCCGGCACCCGAGCAGGAGCGCGGUGAUCGCCGUCGUCGCGACCAUUUCCGGCGUUCUCCUCCUGGGAGCGCUUGGCUGCUGCUGGUUUUGGAGGAACAAGGCGAGAAGGAACGGGACGGCGGCGCCAGGCGGCGACGGGGACGACGUGCUCCCGUUCAGGGUCAGGAACCAGCAGCACCUUGCCUUGAGCGCAGGCGCAGCACGGGAUCAUCAACGGCGGGACGAGAAGAGGGAGUGCGACGAUAAGGAUCUCGGCCUUCCGCUUCUUGAUCUGGGGGCGAUCGUUGCCGCCACGGACGGCUUCGCCGCGAGCAACAAGAUUGGGGAAGGCGGAUUCGGACCGGUUUACAGGGGGAAGCUGGAGGAUGGGCAAGAAGUAGCCGUGAAGAGGUUGUCUAGGAGAUCGGUACAGGGGGUUGUGGAGUUCAAGAACGAGGUGAAACUAAUUGCCAAGCUUCAGCACAGGAACCUUGUCAGGCUACUGGGCUGCUGCAUCGACGACGACGAGAGGAUGCUCGUGUACGAGUACAUGCACAACCAGAGCCUAGACACAUUCAUAUUUGAUGAAGGGAAACGUAAGCUGCUAAGAUGGAGCAAACGGUUUGAGAUCAUUCUAGGGGUUGCACGGGGUCUGCUCUACCUGCACGAAGAUUCAAGGUUUAGGAUCAUCCACAGGGAUCUGAAAGCAAGCAACGUGUUGUUAGACAGAAACAUGGUGCCCAAAAUCUCAGACUUUGGGAUUGCAAGGAUGUUUGGAGGUGAUCAGACAACUGCAUACACCAGAAAGGUCAUCGGAACAUAUGGCUACAUGUCUCCAGAAUAUGCAAUGGAUGGUGUGUUCUCGAUGAAAUCCGAUGUCUAUAGCUUUGGAGUGCUUGUGCUAGAGAUCGUCACUGGCAGGCGGAACCGAGGCUUCUAUGAAGCCGAGCUCGAUCUCAACCUCCUCAGAUAUGCUUGGUUGCUUUGGAAAGAAGGCAGGAGCGUUGAUUUACUGGACCAAAUAUUGGGUGGCAGUUUUGACUACAGUGAGGUGUUGAGAUGCAUCCAGAUCGCUCUCCUGUGCGUUGAAGUGCAACCUAAGAACAGACCGUUGAUGUCUUCGGUCGUCAUGAUGCUAGGCAGUGAGAACGCCACAUUGCCGGAGCCAAAUGAGCCUGGAGUAACUAUUGGGAGGCACACGUCCGACACGGAUUCAUCACAAACCCUUACCGCCAACGGUGUGACUAUAACUGCAAUAGAGUGUAGGUAGUCUUGAAAAUUUUUGUUAGUCUAUACAGCAUAGGCUUCAUUGACAAAAAGGCCUCUUGUACAGCUUGCGACACGUGUAAAAACCUGUAAAGAUUACAACUCCAAAUUGCCGCAUCCAAUUU